GGCUCCGCUGUGCCUCUGGCCUCGGGCAGUGGAACCGGAGGAGAAGCUGCCGCAGGAUUCCGGGGUCCGGCUCGUCGGCAGCGGUGCACAAGGCGCGCCUUCUCCUCGCACCCCCUCAGCCGCCGUCCCUGGGCACUUGCCAUCUCGGCUAUUGUCCGCGUUUGGUUUGGUUUGGUUUUGCUUUGCUUUGCUUUCUGGUGGUGAGCCUUUUCUCCGAAACUUACAAAGAAAGUGUGGAUUACACCCUUUUCUGACUGAGGAAUUGCAGACUACCUCUGGGUAGCUGAAUCGCUCUCACCCCUCUCCCUCUGGUACCAAAGUGCUUACUCUCCAAAGUGCCAUGUCUGAACUCUUAAUGGGAAGAAUCGGCUCCUGAAACGUGCCCGCAUCUUUGCAUCUGCCUUCUGCGUUCCCUCCAUCUGCCACCACCUCCCCGCGGCCGAGGCAGCACCGAGGAAGCCACUUCGGAUGUCCUCCGCCGAAACUGGUUCUCCGCUGCUGGGAAGCUGAGGCUGGAUUUGGGGGAGAAAGACUCGACUUGAAGGAGCCUAGGCGCUUUUCUUCCGCCUGCUCAGUCCCUGCCCCCACCCCCACCCCUUCCCCCUUCCUGUUCCCGCCAGGGGGGCGUGUGCCUGCUGCCGCCGGAGUUGUGGGAAGUUGUGUCUGUCGAGGAUGGGGGUCUGUGGGUACCUGCUCCUGCCCUGGAAGUGCCUCGUGGUCGUGUCUCUCAGGCUGCUGUUCCUUGUACCCACAGGAGUGCCCGUGCGCAGCGGAGACGCCACUUUCCCCAAAGCUAUGGACAACGUGACGGUCCGGCAAGGGGAGAGCGCCACCCUCAGGUGCACGAUUGACAACCGGGUCACCAGGGUGGCCUGGCUGAACCGCAGCACCAUCCUCUAUGCCGGCAAUGACAAGUGGUGCCUGGACCCCCGCGUGAUUCUCCUGAGCAACACCCAAACCCAGUACAGCAUUGAGAUCCAGAACGUGGAUGUGUAUGACGAGGGCCCGUACACCUGCUCCGUGCAGACAGACAACCACCCGAAGACCUCCCGCGUCCACCUCAUCGUGCAAGUAUCUCCGAAAAUUGUAGAGAUUUCUUCAGAUAUCUCUAUUAACGAAGGAAACAAUAUCAGCCUCACCUGCAUAGCCACAGGAAGACCAGAGCCCACAGUUACCUGGAGACACAUCUCCCCCAAAGCUGUUGGCUUUGUGAGUGAAGAUGAGUACUUGGAAAUUCAGGGCAUCAGCCGGGAGCAGUCGGGGGACUACGAGUGCAGUGCCUCCAACGACGUGGCCGCACCCGUCGUGCGGAGAGUCAAGGUCACCGUGAACUAUCCACCGUACAUUUCAGAAGCAAAGGGCACAGGUGUACCUGUGGGACAGAAGGGGACACUACAGUGUGAAGCCUCAGCAGUUCCUGCCGCAGAGUUCCAGUGGUACAAGGAUGACAAAAGACUGGUUGAAGGAAAGAAGGGGGUCAAAGUGGAAAACAGACCUUUCCUCUCUAAACUCAUCUUCUUCAACGUCUCUGAGCACGACUAUGGGAACUACACUUGUGUGGCCUCCAACAAGUUGGGUCACACCAAUGCCAGCAUCACACUUUUUGAACUAAAUGAGCCUACAAGCUCAACUUUGUUCCAAGGCCCGGGUGCAGUCAGCGAGGUGAACAACGGCUCGUCGAGGAGGGCAGGCUGCAUUUGGCUGUUACCCCUGCUGGUCUUGCACCUACUGCUCAAAUUUUGAUGCGAGCGCCACACCCCCACCGGGGAAACGCUGCCGGCACAGCAACCACCCACCCACAGCAACGGUGACACUGACAGCAGCCAGAGCAUACCCAACUUUACAUAAGAUAUAAUCAGAUGAAUUUCAGAGACACAGAGGCGAAAGGGACACACAUUCGAGGGAGGGGAACCAAGAAUGCUUUGGGGGGGAAAAAAGCUAAAAAGAAAAUCGGAAAUCGCCUUGCAGAUAUUUAGGUACAACUGAGUUUUCUUUCUUUUCCCAAAUGGGAAGAAUGCACACCCGGCUUUGAACCCACCCACAAGCUGCAUUGUGUGAUGUCCUUGUUGCUAUGGUGAAUGAGGACUCAACCACUCAGCUCAUUCGAGUGUCCCCACCACGGAAUAUUCUGGAGCCCGUCAUCCCAAUUUCGACCCAUCAGUAGACGUGGACAGUGUCAGCCAUGCAGGCCCCACACUUGACUACAGAGCCCCUAGCCAGACUGCUGCCAAGGUGUGUGCUACGAAACGCAACAUUUUUUAAAAAAAGUAAAGAAAAAGGGAACAAAACAAGACAGCCUGACAGCAACAACAAUCCCACAAACAACAGUGACAAAAGAAAUUGUUAAACUUUUUUUUUUCAUUUUACUACAUGGACAUCAUGGAUAAUAAGGGAUUCUGAUUCAUUAUUAAUUUUAUUAAUCAUAUUUUCUGAUAUGAGUCUAGAACUUAGUGCAAAAACAAGACAAAACUAAAAAAUACACAAAAGAAAGGGGUGAAGAGAAGUAUGUUUGUUAAACAUUAAACAUGGAUAGUGUACUUCUUAACUAGGUUUACAACUGGUGGAUAUGACACCGGGCAUUAACCACCCCGUCAGGAUUUGGCAUAUCCACCAAAAAAACCAACAAAACAAAACAAAACAAAAAAACACAAUUUAACCACCAUCUCCACCAGCGCUACAGAUUUCUCCUUAUUCUGGCAUUUGAUGCAGAAAAUACUAUGCUCCCUACAUUCUGUCUAGAAAUGGAAAGCGUAAUCUGCACUGUAUCUUGAGUUUGUUGGCUAUGCUUCUUUUGAUGACAUAUAUUAUACAGUAUAUAUAUACAUAUAUUUUUUUUGUUAGAGUUCUAGCCAUUUUAUUUCUCAGCAGGGUCCUUUCUCAGACAUUACUGCAUGCUGUAUAUGGCGUUAGCUGUGUGUUGGUCUCCUAAAAGAUGAUAGAGUUUACUGGUAAUUGUGUAAUCAGCUCUUGCCUUUUUAUUUUUUGGGUUAUUUACAUGUCAGAGACAUUUAUAAAAAGUGAAAAAAAAAAAAAACACACAAAAACAAGACAAGCAAAAAGCAACUAAUA